AUGGGCAACCAAGAACAUCAAAAGCUAUGGCUUCAAGCCGUAGCAAACUACAAACAAAAUCUCAGCAACGAGGAUCGUGCUAUUUUUGCCAAGCAAAAACCUGAGGAUAUCGAGAAGAUCAUCAAUGCUUUAUCACAAACUCCACCCGGCAAGGCAGGCAGAUCGUCAACGGCCAAAGCUGCGCUGUCGCCCGAGACAAUCAGCAAUAUCAAAACUUUGAUACAGCUCUUCUCAACAUUUACUUCAUGGCUUCCGGAAGUAUCUACUACAAUUUGGAUUAGCGUCUAUCUCCUCAAUGAGCGCAAAAAUGUCAACUCAGAGACGCUGAGAAUCUUUGAUCAAACUAUGCAGUGUAUCUCUUCUUCCGUGCCACACUUUGGCACCUACCAUGAGGUCUUUGCCGAAAUGGAAGAUGUCGAAAGUGGCAUCGUUGAGUUUUACUCUCGGGUCAUUACGUUUCUUUUGGCUGCUUUAGAACAAACGAAGCAAUCUUCUCGCUGGAUGCACAAACUCGGCAUAGAAGCAGCACCAAUUGCGUUAUCAAAAGCAGGUGCCGCAAUUCAGGAUCAGAAACAAGUUGUAGAGAAGCAGAUUGAGGCCGCAAACCUUCUUAUACAGAACAAGCGGCAUACUGAGAUCAGGAAAAUUCUACAAGACUUAGAGACCCAGAAUCAACCACAAUCGAGAUCCCCCACCCCAUGCCAUGUAAUUCCUUACUCGGCCAACCCUCUCUUUCACGGCCGAAAAGAAACUCUAGACAAGCUCAAAGCUCAUCUGAUUGUUUCACGACAACAGCGUGCUUCAUUUGCAAUUUCUGGUCUCGGAGGAGUAGGAAAGACUCAAAUUGCUCUCAAGUUCACUUACGACAACCUCGAUCGCUACCCAAUUGUCCUUUGGAUGCAAGCUGAUAAUAAACAAAAGCUUGCUGAGUCGUAUGCCGCUGCAGCCAAGCGUCUUCACAUUGAGCCCGAAGACUCACAAAAAGAUGCUGAUGCUAUUUCUACAGUUCUUAAAACAUGGCUGAGCGAGUCUGACGUUGAGUGGUUACUGGUAUUUGACAAUGCAGACGAUCUCAAAGUAUUGAAGCCAUUCUGGCCACCGGGUAACCGAGGUGCUAUCAUCAUCACAAGUCGAAACCCAGCUGCUACAAGGGUCGCCGAUUCUGGAAUGCUCAUCUCUCCUCUGACAUCUUCGGAAGGAGAAACGCUAUUUGUCACUCUGUUGACGUCGCGUGGAUCAAAUAUCCACAGUUCAGACACGCACAAUAAGGAAAAGAUCUCGGAGAUAAUUAAGGAACUAGGAUACCUGCCACUGGCUAUCGUCCAAGUUUCCAGUUUCAUUCUCGAAUGCGACUGCACCUUGGAAGAGUUCCAAGAACUUUAUCGUUCAUCUCAUCAAGCCAACAAGGGGAUAUCCGACAUGGAGACGUCAUCUCCGAACCUUUUCUAUGAGUAUUCUCUCGCGACUGUAUGGCGAGUGUCCAUCGUAAUGCUUGGCAGAAAUGCAUUAAAGCUACUGCGUCUUAUGUCAUACUUCGACCCCGAUGGUGUUCCUGAAUCUCUGUUUUGGGAUGCUGGCAAAAAGUCAAAAUUGCCAGCCCUUUCAUUUCUCCAGCCUGGAUUUACCUAUCACACUGCGGUGCAAGAACUCAUCUCCCGAAGUUUAAUCACCAAAGCUGAGUAUGGUGCUGUGGCAGGGCAACCCAGCACGAAAGCAAGAAGCCUAACAGUCCACCGAUUAGUACAAGAGACAGUUUUCCACCAACUGAGUGAGGAGGAACAAGCCGAUCUGCUAGCAGAUGCGUUAACUAUGCUACUCGCGGUCUGGCCAGUCAACAAGGAGAAUCCCUUUAGGAUGAAUGCGUUUUGGCCCUUGUGUUCCUUGUACCUCCCACAUGUACUUGCUCUGGAGGCCAGAUGCAGAGAUGCUUCAUAUCUCAAGCCUCCCAGUGGCUUCAUUCAACUCUUCUUCCACGCCUCUUGGUACCUAUUUGAGAGACGACUAUCUGAGUUUGCCUUCCCUCUGCUGGAGACAGCAAGAUCAAUAUGCGCUCAGAACGGAGACACAGACCCCUGGUUCCCCAAACUGAUGACUGCCUACGGAUGCACUUGUUUGGAGGCCGAUAGACUGGAAGAGUCCGCGGAUUGGUUCUCUAAGGUCGUAACAAUCUACCGAGCCAACUACGAGAAGGAGCAAAAGGAGGAAGCAGAGACCGAAGGAAAUCACACCUGGCUUUUGGCCAUAUCUCUUUCGGACUGGGGGUGCGCAUGUACGGGCAUGGGCCAGUACGAUCGUGCUGAAGAGCUUUUCAAGGAGGGACUAGUGGUCAUGAAAGGCGUGAAGGACAAGCAUACAUACAAAGACUGGAGUGUGCAUAUAUCUCACAACCUAUCGCGUCUAUACACUCAGAUGGGACUCCCAGAAAAAUCCAUCAAGCUGCAGUUUGAGUACGGCGACGAACUCGCUGAUGGUCUCAUCGUUGAGAACUCACAGCGAGGUGCACUGUUCCUGUACGGCAUCGGAAACUCCUAUCUUGCUCUUGCACUCAAGGAUAGCCCAGGAAGUGCUCAAAACAUAGACCGAGGUUUUGAGUUCCAUAGACGGGCUCUCCGAAUACGACAGCAGGUCUGUGGUGAACAGUUUGUCACGGCUAUCUCGUUGCAUAAAAUUGGCGUACUUCUUUAUCAGACUGGUGACUUUAAAGGGGCUUCUGAGACUUUGGAACACGCUAUUAACAUCUUCAAACAGUCCUUCAUGGCGACUAGAGAGAAGGCGCGAUCCGUGUUUUAUAUGUCUCUCGUCAAGGAAAAGAUAGGUAAAGAUGAUGAGGCUAAAGAAUUGCUUGAUGAGGCUUGGAAGUAUAUGACGGAAGCUAUAGGAAAGAAACGGGAUGCGAAGAAUGAGAAGGACACAGAAUUAUUUGACAAUGUGGUUUUAUAUGUCUAUUACUAG